UUAGGACUACAAGUACCAAGUAUGACCGUUUACUGUACACAGUUCGGUUUGUUUUAGUUUCUACGGACAGCGCUUUGUCGUAAGGGGCUAAAGUCCAGGACGGCUCGUUAACCUGACCGUUAUAAGUCUUUGACCAGCUGCCAAAACUUGGAGCGACCCCUCCCCAGAGGUCUGCGCUUCACCAGCUCCCCCUCCCAGGGCCGCCGCUCGCCUCACAGCUGUUAUAACGGAGCGGAGAAACUGGCCUGCUAGCUAGCUAGCAAGCAAGCUAAGGUUUCCCCCAUGUCCUCUGAGGAAGAGUUCAGUUCACCGAUUUCAGAUUGGCUCUUCGUCCAUUCCUGGUGGCUCUUUCUACCGUUCAUAAUGUUUCUUGUCGUCGCCGCCUUCAUUGUUGCUUUUGUGUUAUUGCUGUACAUGAUAUCGCCUCUCAUAAGCCCCAAACCUCUGAAGCUGAACGGGGCCCACGUCGUGGUGACAGGAGGCUCCAGUGGGAUUGGGAAGAGCAUCGCAGUUCAGUGCUACAGACAAGGAGCAUUCAUCACUCUGGUCGCUCGAGACGAGGAGAAAUUACUAAGAGCAAAGAAAGAGGUGGAAAAAUAUGCCAUCAAUGACAAGCAGGUGGUGCUCUGCGUGUCAGUGGAUGUUUCCAGUGACUACACGCAGGUGGAAAAUGUGAUAAAACAGGCUCAGGAGAAGCUUGGGCCUGUUGACAUGCUUAUAAACUGCGCUGGAACGUCCAUUUCUGCAAAGUUUGAGGAAAUGGAGGUGGAGCGCUUCAAGGAAAUGAUGGAACUGAACUACCUGGGCAGCGUUUAUCCGACUCGAGCUGUAAUAACCACCAUGAAGGAGCGAAGAAUGGGCCGCAUCAUGUUUGUGUCAUCCCAGGCGGGUCAGAUCGGCCUGUUUGGGUACACUGCCUACUCUGCAUCCAAGUUUGCUUUGCGUGGCUUGGCAGAGGCACUGCAGAUGGAGGUAAAGCCCUACAAUAUCUAUGUGACUGUGGCAUUCCCACCUGACACGGACACUCCACUACUGGCUGAAGAAAACAAAUCAAAGCCUUUAGAGACCAAAUUGAUCUCUGAAACAUCUGGAGUUUGGCAGCCUGACCAAGUGGCCAAAAUCUUUGUCAGGGAUGCGGUGCAAGGAAACUUUAACAGCUCAGUUGGCCCAGAUGGUUACAUGCUAUCAGCUCUCACCUGUGGAAUGUCACCUGUCACCUCCAUCACAGAAGGCCUCCAGCAGAUUGUCACAAUGGGGUUGUUUCGGAGUAUCGCCCUCUUCUACCUGGGGAGUUUUGACAGCAUCGUACGCCGCUGCAUGAUUCAGAGGGAGCAAUCGAAAGCAGCCGACAAGAGGGAGUAGCCGCAGCCUUAAAGUCCUCACAGCCCAGUACUGCUCCUCUUCCUCUGCAGCUUUAUCCUCCGUCUUUACAAAUGUACACAGUUGAGUGGGAACGCACAUACAAGCCAAAAGUUUGAUAUCAACUAUGAAAAGAACAGUAAAACAUAGUGUAUUAUGUUUACUUUCUGGUGACAUCACUUCUCCUUAAAGUUUAAGUUUUACAUUCUCUGCCCUCUUUGAACAGGGAAUACCUUUGUUUAAAUGUGAAUUCCUCGUUUUAGGAAUGGAAAGGAGAAGGGGCAGACUAAACAUUGCAGUUUUUAUAAUACGUGAUUCCUUUGAAGCACUGAGUCACACUAGUGCUUUUUCUUUUCUCCUUGCGUACAGAAUCCGAAGACAGCUUGACUAGUUGUACCAAAUAUGGCUUAAAAUUCCUUCCUACUGCGAGCUAUAAUGUAAAACAGAAAGUAAGCUUACACUUUCAGCCGUCUUGUUACAUUAUAUCACCGAAGUAUCUCCACUUUAUACUGAGAAUUUUACAGUUUUCACUAAAUAGGUUUUGUACCUCAAGUCUUUGCAGGCAAAGCGCCUUCCCUUUUUGACUGAAUGACCUCUGACUGAACCUCUGUGGGGUUUUUUUUUUGCCGUAUGAUGUUUUGUCUUUGUGCUUUGCUUGUGUACUAAGCUGUGAAGUGAUAUAACUGUAUUCUUUAUUGAUAUCUGAGUGAGUGGUUUUCUUUUUUCUCUUGUUUGUUUUGCAAUAUUUCUGAUUUUGGAAAUGUAAAAAAAUAUCCUUUCCAAAUUAUAUUGAUGUCUCUACAUUUUAAAUGCAGUGAGGGUAACAAAAACAAAACAACAACAAAAAAAAACAAUAAUUGUGGGUGAACUGUGUGCAUGAAUGUGUGUUUUUACUGUGACUGAGCCAAACCAUUGAGGGACGGAAAAGCCAUUUGAUUUAAUCUUCUCGAUUAUUAAGUCUCUAAGUCUUUUCUUCAUCAUUCCAGCUUAGAAAAGAAGCAUUUUUUUGCGAGUUGAAGCCAUGAAGUCGUAGGUAGGGCGAAAGGAGAAAAGCCAGCACAUGAUUUCACUUUUCACCUGCACAAGCUCAUACACUGCACCCCAACUCUGAUUUAUCAUUAUUUUUGUGUGUGUCAAUGCAUCCGAGUUUGGAUCCUGUCGGGAUCCGCUUGUCUGUUGGGUUGUUGAGUCAGGUCAAGACGUGACUCGCUGGUUCGAGUCCUGUCUCUUUAGGUCCACUGACAGCAAAGAGAUUUGUUUUUACACAAAGUCCAAAAUAUCACUCAGACAGGCAACGUCCUUAUGAGUUUGGACCAGUAGUUCCACAGUUGGUUCUAAAUUUCCGUCUGGUUUCUGUCAAGCCUUGAAUAAACUUCUAUCUUUCCUACUCUUUCAAGCUACAGAGACUUAAGAAAUGCAUCAUAGACUCUCAGUCUUCCUUUAGCCCAUUUUACAACGAAUGUACCUUCAUGCCAACAUUCAAAUCAGGCUUUUAGACUAUUAUUAUUUUUAGAUCCAACAUUUGAAUGCCAAAAGAUGUUAAAUCUAUGUUGCUGCUCUGUUGGUCGUCGGUUGUAGAAACCAUGGCGUAGGGCUACUUGAGUCAUUUUGAGCCUUAAGAGGUGACAACUGAUAAGUCAGAAGCUACGAGUAGGACAGAUCUAACAGUGUGACUUAAUCCACAUAUUUUUUUGUUGUUGCCUAUAAAAUUAAAUAUUUUCCUCUGUAUUUUAUCAGUUUUUAUUCUUUUGAUGAUGAAAAAAAGCCUUAUUCAAUCCAAGAUAUGAACGUGGGAAUGGAUGACACUUGUUUGAUGAUGUUCUCAUUUGAUAUUGGUUUAAAGGCAUUCUGCCCUACACCUGGAGAUUAUUUCAUUAUCCUGCAUGUAUUUGCUUUAUAAAGUUCUCCUACCCCCAUACCCCUCGAGGUAGCACCACAUAGUGAAACAUGUAGCUUAUGUAGAAGCAGUUUUGUUUGAACACCUUUAAGCUAUGCAAUUAAAGCCUAUGCUUACAGUAUGUUUGAACAUCGGUGAAAACUGAAGCUUUAGUCUCCCCAGCUCCUCAAUAGUGUUAUCAGUAUGUUCCUAAUCAGUUUUAAGAAUAUUGAACAUGAAAGUCAUUCUGCACACUCUUGUGUUUUGCUCUUUUUUUUUUUCCUCUUUUGUUUUGUUUCUGCCAAAAUGAUUUAACACCUUCACCUUGUGUGCCAUUGAAAGAAGUUUUCAAAAGUGGAACGUUCGUAUGUCUUAUUUUCUUACAUGAUAAAAUAAAUAAUUGUAUUGAAAAAAUAA